AUGGCAGGAAACAUAAAAUUUAAUAGUAUAAUCAGCGAAUUAGGUAAAAUCCAAAAAAGGACAGCAGAGUCAACAAAAACGUCAAUUGCAAGGGUAAGAAACAUCUCCAAUCAAGCCAAAAGUUCUGAUUUGAUCACAGUGUUCAGAACACCUGGCAAAAAACGUUCCAGAACAAAACCGGUCACAAAUAUCGAUAACUUCAACCAAGGAGUAAUAAAGAGAACCAUUCAUAACUUUCACAAGACAAAUAAUGAACUUCCUACCAUCGGAAAGCUUAAAAAGGAGCUAGAAGAUGACAUAAAUUUCAAAGGUUCAGAACGAAGUCUUCGGCGAAUAGUUAAGAGUUUGGGAUUUUGGUGGAAAAACACCGAAAACAACCGGAAAGUGCUGAUUGAGACUUCUAAUAUACGUUUGCAACGUAUCGAAAAUUUAAGGAAAAUAAAGCAAUAUCGCCAAGAGGGAAAGCCUAUUGUAUAUACAGACGAAUCUUACGUAGAUUCAUCGCACUCUUCUUCAAAAGCCUGGACCGAUGGUACUACUAAGGGGCUUAAGAAACCUAUUUCGAAAGGACAGCGAGUUGUCAUUGUCCACGCAGGGUCUGAUACUGGGUUUAUACCUAAUGCGUUGCUGCCUUUUAAAGCUGGUACCAAAUCAGGCGACUACCACGACAAUAUGAAUUUUGAAAACUACGAAAAAUGGCUCCUAACCCAAUUAAUGCCCAACCUACAACCCAGUUCCGUCGUGGUAGUCGACAACGCGUCCUAUCAUAAUAAGCAGUGGGAUCGCGCACCAACCUCUAAUUCUAAAAAAGCUGACAUGCAGGCCUGGCUCACUGAAAAAGGUAUACAGUACGAGGAAACACAUUUGAAACCUCAGUUAUACAAUUUAAUAAAGAUCAACAAAGAUAAAUUUAAAACAUUUUCGAUUGAUCGAAUCCUAGCUGAACGAGGUCAUCAGGUACUGAGACUACCACCAUACCACCCCGACCUAAAUCCGAUUGAAAUGACAUGGUCGGAUACUAAACAAUAUGUAGGCAGCAAAAAUAUAAAAUGGAGUGUCAGUAAAUGUAUAGACCUAAUACAAGAAAAGGUUUUACUAAUGGGUACAUGGGAUUGGCAAAAGUUGUGUAAAAAGAUGAAGGAUAUAGAAGAGCAAUAUGCAAAGAGUGAUCAUGUCGUGGAUUUGGUAACAGAACAAUUCAUUAUUCAUGUCGAUGGAGAUAAUUCCGAGGAUAGCAUUGAAGAUGACGCUAGUGCCGACGAACGAAGCAGUCCUGAGCCCGGGCUCUCAGUUAGCAAAAGGCCUUGUCGCGAGACCAUUGAAGGCGUGAUACCGUUCUCUGAUUCAGAUUAAUAAAAGAUUACAAAUUAAAAGAUAAUGUUUUUAUUUUUCUACAUCCCAUAAACUUGUUAAAAUAUCUUAGGUCUUUUUUGGAAAUACGUUCUAUGUACAGGCACUUUUUUACUGUCUCAUUAUA